GUUUGAGAGCUGGACUGGGAGGCUGCAGAGCCGGGUUGGGGCCCGACCCUAAGAGGGUGAGGCAGGCCCGGGGGCAGAAAUGCAAGUGGGUUGAGGGUCAGCCCCGAGAGGGAGACGCCCCCACGGGUAGUCGGAGGGUGCUCUCAGGGCGUCUUGGCCUGGUCGGAGGCCUCUGGAGGGACUGUACGACAGCUCCGAGAGUGACCUGGCCGGAGAGAGCGAAGACAAAGAGGCCGGAAUCCCGCACCCGCCGCUCUUUGAGCUGAGCCCCACUCCCGCGAACCUCGCAGCCCUCCGAGCCCCUGGCCAGCAACCGAACUCGUCAUCAGAAGACCCAUUACUACUGCCCUCUCGGACUCCCUCUCUCCACCAACUGUGUGUGACUCCCUACGCCCACCGGCCCUUCUUCAGGAACCAAAACCAGUCCUCCCAAUGCGCGAGGUUUCCCGUCAAUAAUUCCCGAACAGUUGCUGAUCGUUUACUUCUGCUGUGAGGGAAAACAAAGACCAGUAUUCAGUACUUGAUUUUUGUCCCGGGUGGGAACUGGUAGUUGUGGAAUCUGAGGGGGCGGGGAGGAUGUAAAGGGCCUCUGGAAGGACUUGCAGAGGUACUGGGAGAGAUCAGCUGCGACCCGUUGGACAGAGGCUUUUUGUUGCCUUCAGCAGGAUGGUGACUUGCCUUUAGAUCCUCUCAAGCUCCAGGUUUCCCAUAUGGUUCAAACUCAGUUUGCAACAUUGGUCAGGGGAGCUAAAUGGGAUCAGAUUUGGGGGGAGGUGGAAGAAGAGCAGACAGUACUUUAUUCUCUGCUGCUUCCCGGGGCUGCUGUGGAAGUCACCCAGAAAUGCAGCCUUUGAAAGGUCUCUUUCCUUCAUGUUCAGUUUUGGCUUGCUAUCCUGAAGUUGGUGCUACCUCAGAUGGCCAUGUGGAGUAUAUGGGAAAGCAGGCCAGCUCUUGGCGAGACUUUAGACCUAUGAGUGUAUUUCUUCUGAUAGUGCCAUCUCUCUCUACCCUAGGAAGAAACUCUUCUUACAGUGAGAGACUCAUCUGCAGGUGAUUCUCCAAGGACAUGGGAAAAUAGGUGUAAGCCCUCGAACCCUUAAGUGGAGAGGAGCUGCUUUCUGCUGUGAAUGAUGGCCAAACCCACUCUGAGAGGGAAUGGCCCUAACUCUGAGACCUUCCGACAGCGCUUCAGGAGAUUUCACUACCAGGAGGUCACAGUCUCUGUGAAGGGGCAGGAAGUGCGCUUGGAGAAGAUGACACCCCUGAAAUCAUCACGAGAGUUAUUAAGUGUUCGGCAGGAGUCAGUGGAACCCCAGCCCAGGGGUGUAACCAAGAAAGAGAGGGCAAGAAGCCCAGACCUGAGACCACAGGAGCAGAUGAAUCCAAAGGAGAAGCUCAGACCUUUUCAAAGGAGCGGAUUUCCAUUUCCUAAAUCCGGUGUGGUCUCCAGAUUGGAGCAAGGAGAGCCAUUGGUCCCUGCUCUGGGCUCCAAGGAGAAGGAACUCUCAAGAGGCAGUCACACAGGAGAUAGACAAAUGCAUGCUGAUCUGUUAUCAUCCAAGAGAGAGAGAAGGACCUGGGUGGAACAGGAUCACUGGGGCUUUGAGGAUGAGAAGGUAGCAGGUGUGCACUGGGGCUAUGAAGAGACCAGAACUCUCCUUGCAAUUCUCAGUCAGACUGAGUUUUAUGAGGCUCUCCGAAACUGUCACCGAAACAGCCAAGUGUAUGGAGCUGUGGCUGAGCGGCUCCGGGAGUUUGGCUUCCUUCGGACCCUCGAACAAUGUCGGACCAAGUUCAAAGGUCUCCAGAAGAGUUAUAGGAAAGUCAAGAGUGGUCACCCACCUGAGACCUGCCCCUUCUUUGAAGAGAUGGAAGCCCUGAUGAGUGCCCAGGUUAUUGCCUUGCCCAGUAAUGGCUUGGAAGAGAGAGCCUGUUACUCUGGCCUGGUGGGCAGUGAUGCUGAGACUGAGGAGCCAGGGCAGGGGGGUUGGCAGCAUGAGGGAGCAGAAGAGGUCAUGGCUGAAGAGUCUGACAGUGAUGAAAUGGUCCAGGAAGCCACCCCCCAAGACCCUGACAACUUGACUGCACCUGUUCUUUUUCGAAGCCCAAGUGGUGUACACUGGGGUUAUGAAGAGACAAAGACUUACCUUGCAAUUCUUAGUGAGACUCAGUUCUACGAAGCCCUCCAGAACUGUCACCGCAACAGCCAGUUGUAUGGAGCAGUGGCUGAGCGGUUAUGGGAAUAUGGAUUCCUUAGGACACCAGAGCAGUGUCGGACCAAGUUUAAAAGCCUACAAACCAGCUAUCGGAAAGUCAAGAAUGGCCAAGCACCAGAGACCUGUCCAUUCUUUGAAGAAAUGGAUGCUUUGGUGAGUGCCAGGGUUGUUGCCCCAUCCAGUGAUGGCCAGGAAGAGGAGACAGCCUCUUGCCCCAUCCAGGAGGUCAAUGAGACUGAAGCUGAGAAGCAAGCUGAGGUGGCAGAAGAGACCAUAGAAGAAGAUUCUGAGGAUGAUGAAGAGGAUACUGAGGUACCCUUAGAGGUUGUCAUGACCCGUGCUCCAGUCUUAUUCCAGAGUCCCAGUGGUUUUGAGGCUGGAUUUGAUAACGAAGAGAAUGUAAAACGAGAUAUUUCUGAGGAAGUACAACUACAUAGGACAUUACUUGCAAGGUCAGAAAGGAAAGUUCCCUGGCAUCUUAAUCAGGGUAAAGGCAGUGACACUGAAUGUAGAUCAGAACGACAGUGGGAAAAGACCCCAGGGGAGAGAAGAGGAAAAUCAACACUCCCAGAAAGGAGUUUAGGUAAAGUUCUAAAUCAUCAGAAACCUUAUUUGGGAGAGAGACCCUAUAAAUAUCUCAGAUACGGCAAAAGCUUUGGUCCGAACUCCCAGCUCAUGCAUCAGAUAUCCCAUCAAGUGGAAAAUCCAUAUAAAUGUGCUGACUGUGGGAAAAGCUUCAGUAGGAGUGCACGCCUCAUUAGACACCGGAGAAUCCACACUGGAGAGAAACCUUAUAAAUGUCUUGACUGUGGGAAAAGUUUCCGUGACAGUUCAAAUUUCAUCACCCAUAGGAGAAUCCACACAGGAGAGAAACCGUAUCAAUGUGGUGAGUGUGGGAAACGCUUCAAUCAGAGCUCAAGCCUUAUAAUUCACCAGCGAACCCACACAGGAGAAAAGCCCUAUCAAUGUGAAGAGUGUGGAAAAAGCUUCAACAACAGUUCUCAUUUCAGUGCACAUCGGAGGAUACAUACAGGAGAGAGACCCCAUGUGUGUCCUGACUGUGGAAAGAGUUUCAGUAAGAGUUCUGACUUACGUGCACAUCAUAGAACCCACACAGGAGAGAAGCCCUAUGGGUGUCGUGAUUGUGGCAAGUGCUUUAGUAAAAGCUCUGCUCUUAAUAAGCACCGAGAAAUCCAUACACGAGAAAAACUUCUGUCACAGUCGGCACCUAAGUAAGCUCCUGAGAAUUUAAAGAAAAGAAAUACAUGAAAAUGGUUGGAAAAAGUUGCCAAUAGUGAGAUCCAUCUCCUAUUCUCUGCCCAACUAGCUUAGGAAACACUCUAGGAUUUACCCCACCCUUUGUUCCUAUGUUUUUCCUGGAUCUAUGAAUCCCAAGGCAGUCAUCUUAAGAAUGAGAGGAUGAUUUCAGUCCCUCUCCUUGCCUGUAUUUGAAAUGACAGAUGACACCUUUACCUCUCAGUGCCUAUGUUGUUCCCUUAAUAGACAGGACUAGGUAGUAGAUCCUAUAGUUUUGAUAUAUACCCUUAUUUAUUCAUCCUGUUAUUCAGCUGUAUUUCAACUGGAAAAAAUUAUCACAGCACCAUUUCAGGGAGAAGUUGUGAGACUUUUCUAAUUGAGUGGGUCUAGCUCUUUAUAUAGUAAAGGAAAUGCAAAUAAGAAUGGCUCUUCGUGUUCACAUAAGCCUGUGCUCAGAAUGACAUUUGUCAUGCACACUUCAUUUACCUUACAUGAGAGUUUAAUGUCCACCUUGACUCUGACCUAUUAAAGAAUUUGCAACAGCCUAGGUGUCUAUAUGGGGAAACAUUGUAAACCUUGUAUAAAUACUGAGUUAUGAACCCUGAAUUUCUUAGUUUCUUCCAAGUCUUAGAUGUUCUCGAAUAGAGUAAUAUUUAGAGCAUCUAGUUUGAUCUUUUUUUCUUCUUCCAUCUCAUCUGAAUUUCAUCUAUCUCUUGUCCAGACAUGCAAAGAGCAAGCCAGCUGGAUAUGCUGAGAGAGAAAGCAGUUAAAGCUGCCAGUAGGGAAUUGGCUGUGUUCCACACACUCCAGACACCUAGUUUAGUGUUAUGUACCCCAUGGGCACUUAAUACUAAUCUGCACUGAGCAGAAGCCACUGCCAUGUUCCCAUGGAUUAGGAAACAGACCACUUUGUGCCAACAACUCUAGCCUAAUGGCAGGGAGGACAGAUUAUUUUUGGUCAUUGGAGUUGCCAAUACUUGCACACAUGCACACGCACACACUCAACUGUACACACCUAUUUUUAGAAGCUCUCAAACACAAGUAUAAUUCUGAUCUAUGUAUAACCAAAUAGUAUUGAAUUAAUUGCCCAUAUAUUCAUAGUAGAGCACAAGGUAAACAGACUCUGUCCUUGUCCUUACAGUCUAAAACAGAUGACAGUGACAUGGACAAACAAUAAAUGCACAUGUAGAGCUCCAACAGUUUUAGAGAAAUCUAGAAAUAUAGUAACAUUAUGCAUAAAUGUUAAGAUCUAAUGCAUUAUAGUUUUCUAUAAGAAAAAUCUGGGAGGUAUUUUUUUCUCUUUAUUCAGGAAGGCUUCAUGAAACAGCAAGUGUUUAAAGGAAGGAGGGUUACUAGGUAAAUUAGAGUGGGAUAAACUUUCCAAAAUAAAUCACAAAACUGAGUUCUGAGUGGGUGAGAAAUGGGAAAAUUGGGGAACAAGGUAUUAUGAUAGAAGAAACACCAGUCUAAAGCAGUGCCUCAGGAUCUGAGAUGGUUUAGUAAGUGUGCUAGAAUGUUUCUGAAAAUGAGAGAUUACUGUCUUUAGUAUAUUUAUGUGUAGUUGUGUGUAAAAAGCAUCGGUUGGUGUAUCAGCAGAUAUGAAUUCUGGUUCCAGAUGUCUUGUGUGUAAGUCAACCUGUUUGUAUCCAUCUCCCUUUCUGUAAAUCAGAAUAACGUUUACACCUUAAUCUGCCUCUCAGGGAUACCAUGUUAAUAAAAAAUUAUGUCUAUAAAGUA